GCAACCCAAAACAAAAACAAACCCACCCGCGCUGCAGCGCUCUCAUUUCUCGCAGCCCUUCGCCGGCUCUUUUCGGCAAAAAUGUUGCAGCUGUUCGGUGCCGAACGGUCGAUUCACUUCACACGACGGUUACGAAAUGUCCCGCUCGGUUGCUGCACAAGAACCUGCUCCGGCGGUCCCAAUAAAAGAAAACCUCUGGACUCGGCGUACAAACCGGCCCUCGUCGAGGCCGCACAGCGGGAUGUGGUUUCCCGUUCGGUGACCUGCGGUGGUGGUUCGAAACGGUUCAGUAUGCUGUUGCCCCCGCCGAACGUAACGGGAGAGCUGCACCUGGGUCACGCGCUGACCUGUGCCAUUCAGGACGUGAUGAUGAGGUGGAAGCGGAAGCAGGGUUACGAGGGGUUGUGGAUUCCGGGGAUGGACCACGCCGGGAUUGCCACGCAGGUUGUGGUUGAGAAGCGACUUCGGAAGGAGUGUGGCGUUGGAAGGCACGAUUUGGGCAGGGAGCGAUUUUUGGAGGAGAUUUGGAAGUGGAGGGAGGAAAAGGGACGGAGCAUUGAGGGGGAUUUGCGGGGGUUGGGAUCGAGUAUGGACUGGGACAGGGAGUAUUUUACGAUGGACGAGCAGCAGAGCAGGGCGGUUCGGGAGGCGUUUGUGCGGUUGUUUGAGGCGGGGCUGAUUUACAGGGAUAAAUCGCUGGUGAAUUGGAGUUGCUCGCUCGAGUCGGCCAUCUCGGACAUUGAGGUUGAAAACGUGGAAAUUGACGGUCCUACCCCGGUGGAAGUUCCGGGAUAUAAUAGGAAAAUCAUCUUUGGUGAAAUGGUAGACGUGGCGUACAAAGUUCAAGGAUCGUCCCAGGAGAUUAUCAUUUCGACGACCCGGCCGGAAACGUUGCUCGGGGAUGUGGCGGUGGCGGUGAAUCCAAACGACGGGCGGUACGAGCACUUGCGCGGGACGACGUCCAUGCUGUGGCAUCCGAUUCGGAAAGAGGAAAUUCCGCUGGUUUUUGACGAGUCGGUGGACGCGGAGUUUGGCACGGGAGCGGUCAAAAUAACGCCGGCACACGAUCGGUACGACUUCGAGCUGGCGAAGCGGCAUCGUCUGCCGCUGGUUGAGGUGAUUGACUGCAAGGGGAGGAUUCUGGAUGGGUUUGGCCACUUUACGGAUCUGCCACGGUACGAAGCUCGGGCCAAAAUGAUGGACUAUUUGACGAAUGUUUCGUUGUUGCGAGGAGUUAAACCUCAUUCGAUGGUACUUCCGGUUUGUUCGCGGUCGAAAGAUGUAAUCGAGUUCCUGCUGAGGCCGCAGUGGUUCGUGCGGUGCCAGGCGAUGGCCAACAGAGCGGUUGAAGCGGUGAAGAGUGGCCAGUUGCAGAUCAUUCCGGAUCACUUUGAAAGGGAAUGGUUUCGCUGGCUGGAAAACUGUCACGAUUGGUGUAUUUCUCGGCAACUCUGGUGGGGACACCAGAUUCCAGCGUUUGAAAUCAAGGCCAACGGCAAAACGUCCUGGAUUGCGGCCACUUCGCUGGACGAAGCUCGCCAAAAGGCCAAAUCUUCACUCAAAAGCGAAAACUUCGAAAUCACCCAAGAUCCAGACGUGCUGGACACGUGGUUCUCCUCAUCGCUGCUGCCCUUCUCAACACUCGGAUGGCCAACCAACCAAAGUCGCUUCUACCCGCUGGACCUCAUGGAAACCGGCCACGAUAUCCUGUUCUUCUGGGUCGCCCGAAUGGUCAUGCUGGGACAACAACUUACCAACCAACUCCCGUUCCCGAAAAUCCUCCUCCACGGCAUCGUCUGCGACGAGUACGGCCGCAAGAUGUCCAAAAGCCUUGGAAACGUCAUCAAACCAGACCAAGUCAUCCGCGGCAUCAGCCUCGACGACCUCAAUCGCGAAGCGCAACUCUCGCACGCGCAAGGUGUCCUCUCGGCCAGCGAGUUGAAGAAGUCGCUCGCCGGUCAGCGCCGAAUGUUCCCCAAUGGAAUCCCCGAGUGUGGGACGGACGCGCUCCGCUUCACGCUCUGUUCCGCCAACGUGAAGAACCACUUUAUCAACUUUAACGUGCAGGAGUGCCACACGAACAAGCUGUUCUUCAACAAGAUCUGGCAAGCGACGCGUUACACGGCCGGGUGCGUCGAGAAAUUUGGUGCGGAUGCGAAGGGGGAGUUGCGGACGGAGGAUCGGGACAGGUUGACCGAGAUGGACCGGUGGAUCGUUAGUCGGUUGGGCAAUACGAUUGAGACGUUUGAGCAGGCGCUUGAGAGCUACAAUUUUCAUCUGGCGACGGUGGCUUGGAAGACGUUCUUCUACAGCAACUUUUGCGAUGUUUAUUUGGAAACUACAAAAGUCCACAUGAACCCAGGGUCCGCCUCCAAAGCCGCCAAUCACUGCCAAAUCCUCCAGCACUGCCUUUCCCUCGGCCUCCACUACAUGGAAGUGUUCACCCCCUUCCUAGUGGCGCAACUGAGGCCACACCUCCCAGCCCCAAACCCAGCCUCCUUCGACCCCACCGCCUGGAUCGACGCCCAGCUCGAAUCCGAAGUGGCCGAGCUGCUGGAAAUCUGCCAAAGUGUGCGCACUGCCAAAGCCGAAUCCGUCCGGCCACCGAUCGUCCGAAAGCACGAUCCGGUGCUGCACUUGCUGUCCAAAUCGACCCGGCUGACGGAACUGCUCCGAUGGCAGCAAGCGGACAACGUCGUCGGCCAGUUGACGCUGUGCAACGGAGUGGUGCUGCACGAGAGUGAGGAUCGGUUCGAGGAGCAUCGGUUCACGGUCAGUUCGGCCGCUAGUCACGUGUGUUCGUUUGGGAUUGUGACGAACCUGGAGCGGGGUGGCGAGAGGAUGGUGGCUUCGGGGCAGGAAAGUGGGAAUUCGAAAAAGUUGGUCAAGUUGGAGUCGGAACUGGACCGGCUGCUGGCAGCGGUGGGGAACGAGGGAUACCGGAAGUCCGCCAGUGAGGCUGUGCAAAAGAAGCACUCGGAAAGGAUCAAACAGCUGCAACUUCAAAUACAGGACAUGCGGAAAAUUGUGAUCUAAAAGAUGCAUUGAAAAUGUCAGGUGAGUCGUUGAAUUAUAGAUUUCUGUUGAGUAUUUAAAUUGAA